AUGAAAUGCCGUGGAAUGGGAAUCCCAGUAGGAAAAGACACUUUAUAUACCUUACUCUUUGGCGACGACCAGGUCUUGAUAGCGGGAGACAGAGACGACUCCAGUUAUACGUUUAGAAAACUGCAUGAGGAAUAUUCGAAAUGGGGCCUAACAAUAAACACAAAGAAGACGGAGUAUAUGGUAGUGGGUGAUGACGAACGUGAGGAUUUGGAUGUAGGAAUCGGCACAAUCAAAAAUGUCUGUACAUUUAAAUACUUGGGCGUCACUUUUACAACAAAUGGAAAAAGCACUCAAGAUAUUGCAAAUAAAGUUGGUCAAGGAAAAAGAGUUAUCGAGAGCAUUACCACUUAUGGCGCUGAAACGUGGGAGCUAAACAAAUUAGAGAAAAAUAAGUUGCUGUCUCUUGAAAUGGAUUUUUGGCGAAGAAGUUGUCGCAUUUCAAGAUUGGAACACAUCUCAAAUCAAAGACUACGAGAAAUUAUAGGAGAAAAAGAAACUAUUCUCGACGCCAUUGACGGCAAAAUACUAAGUUGGUACGGACACCUCCAACGAAUGGAUGAUAACCGAUGGCCGAAAAGAAUUCAUUCAUGGACACCAAGCGAAAGGCGGAAACGUGGAAGACCACCUCGAAGAUGGAAGCAGGGCGUAGUUGAUGCUAUGAAUUCUAGGGGCCUCCAGGAAGAAGACUGGACAGACAGAAAUCUGUGGAAGUUGAGAAGCGGGAGACGACGAAUGUCGUAA